CCAGCCCCUCCACCUUCCCUCAAUCACCCCCUCCCUACAACCUGUUCACUCCAUCCAGCACACUACGGUCACCAUGACGUCCACCUUGCAGACCCUAGCCUUUAAGCUGGCCCCUCCCUCAAGAGAAGCUGGACCAGAGCAGUUGGAACCUUGUAAUGACGGUGCGGGGCGACGUUAUGAGGUGGUCCCCUCAGUGGUCUGCUCUAUGUGCUGUCUCUUCAGAAUCAUCUAUUGCUUCUUUGGUUACCGCUGUUUUAAGGCUGUACUCUUCCUCACGGGGCUCAUGUUUGGUUCUGUAAUCAUCUUCCUGCUCUGUUACAAGGAGCGAGUUUUGGACACGCAACUGAGCGUUGAGGCCAGCGUGGGCAUUGGCCUGGGCAUCGGCACCCUGUGUGGACUGGUGACCAUGUUGGUACGCAGCGUUGGCCUUUUCAUGGUGGGGCUGCUCCUGGGCCUGCUGGUGGGCAUCGGGACCCUGAUAGGAAUGGAGGAGCUGUCGUCCAACCCCCCGCGGUCAGUAUGGGUGCCCCUGGGCGUCCUGCUGGGGCUGGGCAUGCUGUUCGCCGUCCUCACCCUGCAGUGGCAGAGAUGCUUCACCACCCUCUCCACAGCCGUGUUUGGGGCUGCAGUGAUAGUUGUGGCUACGGAUUAUUUCGUGGAGCUCUUCGCGCUGGUGAGGUACAUUUACGAGCGGGUGAAAACGGGCCCCCGGGAGCCGGUGUGCUGGACGACGUGGGUGGUCCUGGGAGCCUGGCCUGCUAUCGCCCUGCUGGGUGUUUUGGUGCAAUGGAGAGUGACGGCAGAGGGCUACUCCCACACGAAGGGCCUGUGUGAAUAA